AUGGAAGAGGCAGAGGAGUGCACCAAUGCUAACCAGAAAUUCAACACCAAAAGAAGGAGCUUCAGGAAUGGAAGCAACUCUCAUGAGCAUCAUCGUUAUCACCAUCACCUCCACCAUCAUCAUCAUCACUAUCAGCACCAUCAUCAGCUGCUUCAACACUCAACUCAGCUUGGUUUCUGCAACAACCACAACAAGUAUCAGAGAUAUUACCCAGCUCUUCUUCCUCUACCUUCUCUUAUACCACUACAACAACUUCCUUUGACUCCACCCUUCCCUCAAAACCACACCAUAAAAUCAAAAACCCAUUUGGACAAACCUCCAUGCAAACUCAAUAGCUCCCCCUCCUCAGAUUACAAGCUCGCUCCACAACCACUUGCUCCCGGUAAGCACUAG